UUUACAGAACUCAAAAGACUUCAGAAGUUUUCAGUGGACGUAGAACUAGACGCACAGACAGCACACCAACACCUCAUUAUUUCCCCUAAUGGGAAAGAAGUCAAAGAUGGAAGCGAAAACCAGGAAGUAGCUGAUUCACCUGAGAGGUUCGAUUUCUUUGGCAGUGUUCUCGGACUCAACAGCUUGACUACUGGAAAGUCAUACUGGGAGGUGAAGGUCAACAACUAUGCAGCCUUGAUGGAUCCACCUAUUCGUCUUACCCUGGAAGAGGAACCAGAGACAGUCGGGGUCUUUGUAGAUUAUGGGGAAAAUCUCUUGUCCUUCUAUGACAUGACAAACCAGUCUCAUAUCUACUCCUUCUCUAAGUGCUCAUUCAGUGAUGAGCUUUACCCAUAUUUCAGUCAACAUAUGAAAAAGCAGAUCAACUAUGAACCCUUGAUUAUUUCAAAAGUAAAAACUUAUUAG